AUGCACGCCGAUCUCUCUCUCUCUCUCUCCCUCUUCACACGCAGGGCCAGGGGCUCCUCAACAGCCCCUCAACUGCAAACUUCAACAGAGGAAGGAUGUGUAUUGUUAUUUAUCAAGCUCAAGUUUAGAUUAAGGAAACCUUUCUUGGUGCUCUUCUCUAACUUCUGCUCUAUGGAGGUUCAAGCAAGUUGA